AUGAUGAACAGGAUCAGACGACCUUUCCCGGUCUCGCGCCGGGAUACUGACUCUGUGCAACUAAACACUCUAGAGCCUCAGAAGACUGCAGACGACCUCGACAGGAAAGGAGCCGAAGUAGGCGUUGAGGCUGAUUCGCCAGACAUUGAGCAUGGCCACCUUCAGGAGAUUGAGGUAGACGUCGACAAAGUGCUGCAUGACGGAGAAGUAAAGGAUGUUGACGCUAAUACUUCACCAUACCCUGAAGUUCGCGCUGUGGUCCCGGAAACAGAUGAUCCCAGUAUGCCUUUGAACACCCUUAGAAUGUGGAUCGUAGGCAUCAUCUGGACAAUGCUUGGAUCCGGUGUCAAUCAGUUCUUCUCUCUACGAUAUCCCGCCGUGCAUAUUGUCUCGCUUGUCGCAGAGCUUCUUGCCUUCCCAAUCGGAGUGGCUCUGGCGCACAUCCUGCCUAUAUACACCUUGAACCUUGGCCCUCUCGGAAAGUGGAAUAUCAAUCCAGAUCGUCAUUUUAACAUCAAAGAGCAUGCCCUUAUCACUAUCAUGUCGAAUGUGACAAUCGGCUUUGCAUCUGGAUCUGACGCUUCAAACAUGAUACAAGCAGCUAAGAAGUUCUACAACUUCGACCUCUCUGCUGGAUUGGCUGUUCUCAUGGUACUGUGUACUCAGCUUCUUGGAUUUGGCGUUGCUGGCCUUGGAUCUCGCUGGGUUGUGGAGCCUGCCUCGAUUAUCUGGCCUGGCAUCUUGGGCAACUGCGCUCUACUCUCCACCUUGCAUUCCAAAUCAAAUGCCAUUGCUAAUGGGUGGAAGAUAUCUCGCCUUCGAUUCUUCUUCUUGGCAUUGCUUGCUGCAUUUGUGUGGUACUGGUUUCCAGGCCUCCUCUUCCCUGCUUUAUCAUACUUCACAUGGAUCUGUUGGAUCGCACCAAACAAUGCUGUAGUCAAUCAGCUUUUUGGGAUGCAAACUGGCCUUGGAAUGUUCCCCUUGACGUUUGAUUGGUCGCAGGUCGCAUAUAAUACCAAUCCUCUAUUGAGUCCUUUGAGUGCCGCACUCAAUGUCCUAGCCGGCUUUGUGUUCUUCUUCUUGAUCGUCACUCCAGGGAUAUUCUACACCAACAAAUGGUACACUGGCUAUCUACCAAUGAUGACCGCAGACGUCUAUGACAAUUCAGGAGCCAGUUACAAUGUUACCAGGGUGAUUAAUCCUGUGACCAAACGCCUUGAUCCUGAAGCCUAUCGUGCAUACUCACCACCGUUCCUCAGCGCGACGUUCGCUUUUGUGUAUGGACUGUCGUUCGCUUCCAUCACAGCAGUUCUGACACAUACAUAUCUCUGGCACGGAACUGAGAUUUGGACUGCCCUUCGCGGAACGAGAAAGCUUGAUAUUCAUGGACGCUUGAUGAAAGCAUACAAGCCGACUCCUUGGUACUGGUAUCUCAUCGUUCUGGUAAUUUUCACGGCUUUGUCUUGUGUCAUGGUCGAGAUCUAUGACACUGAUCUUCCCAUCUAUGGUGUCGCACUUGCUCUUGUCAUCCCGGCAAUCUACUUUAUUCCUUGUGCGCUGAUUCAAGGUAUUUCGAACGUCGACGCCAAUCAGAUCAACGUUCUCUCCGAGUUCAUCGGUGGAUAUAUGUUUGCAGGCAAACCCUUGGCCAACAUGAUCUUCAAGAUCUUGUCCACUGCUGUUGUGAACCAAGGCAUCUUCUUCGUCCAAGACAUGAAACUCGGACACUACCUCAAACUGGCUCCUCGCACUGUCUUUUUCGCUCAAGGCUUCGCCGCCGUCUUAGGCGCUCUGACCCAAACAGGCGUAACUCUUUGGAUGCUCGGCAACAUCAAGGAUAUCUGUUCAUCGACCCAGAGCUCCAGCUUUACAUGCCCUAACGGAAGAACAGUAUUUAGCUCUUCAGUAAUUUGGGGCUUGAUAGGACCAGAUCGCUUGUACAGUGUAGGAAAGCGGUACUCCUCACUCCUGCACUUUUUCUGGAUUGGUGCUUUGACGCCUGUGAUCACUUGGUACGCAUACAAGAAGACGGGAAAGAAGAUUUUCAAGGAUGUGAAUUGGCCUUUGUUCUACGUUGGGACAUACAAUGUGCCUCCAGCUACAGGCAUCAAUUACACAUCGUGGGCACUGGUGAACUGGGUCUUCAACGGCUACAUCAAGAAAAACUUCUUUGCUUGGUGGACAAAAUACAACUAUGUCCUUGCAGCCGCUGUUGACACAGGCACAGCCAUCGCCGGCAUCAUCAUUUUCUUCGCUGUCAGCUAUCCUGGCUACUCGAUGCCGGACUGGUGGGGUACGACGGUGUUUGCAAAUACACUUGAUGCAGUGGGUGUUCCUAACUUAUCGUUGCCCGCGAGUGGUUUCUUUGGUCCUGCGAACGGGACUUGGACUUGA